GCAAAAGGGGAUGCCUCGACUGAAAGAGAAGUUAGAUCACAUGAGACAAAUAUGUGGCACAUGUAAUCAAACCAGUCUCCAUGGAGAGUGUUUUGUGAUAUCUGCGAGAAAUGGUAUCAUGCUUCAUGUGAGCAGAUGACAACAAAAGACCUUAAGGACUUCAGUGAAUUGCCCCUAGAUUUUCCAUACAUCUGUAUUGUUGUCGCACCACUCGAAAUGGUUUUUUUGACUUUCAGAGUGCACUCAAACGUCUGCACAAGGCAUCUAAGCAAGGCUAUCAUAAACUACAGAGUUGUGUCAGCAGAGAGAACUUUUUUAUCAAAGACAAAUUCUCUUCUAAAGAGGAUGAGUCAGAAGAGUACCCUUUGCUUCUUGAUGUCCCAUCUCAGCUUCUAGCUGCAAAGUGGAAGUCAUUGAACUUGCAGCCUGUGCAAACAGGAGUAAAUGGCAAUUCACUGUUUUCUGCUGUGUCUGUUGCGGUAGCAUUUCAUGACAAAUAUGCAACAGAACUUCGUGUACGAUGCUGUCUAGAAAUGUUCUUAUGCCUCAUUUUAUCAGUGGCAGCAAGACUAUGAUCUGCUUUGUCGUUAUGCUCCAGAUUAUGUAGAUAGCUGUCUGAACUGUGCCACACCAAGUGGAGACUCUUGUAUUUUCACCAUAUCAGCACUUGCGAGUGUCAUUGGCCGACCUCUGGAGUCCCUUUAUCCAUCUGUUGAGGGACAGAAUGCUGAAAAUGCUGCUGUUCUAACAAGAGUUUUCAUGCCUCGAGAGGAGCUCCGAAUGGAGGAAAGCAUCAAGAUAUUAUGGAGUGGCAAUUCUAAAAGCCAGCCCAGAUUCUGGAUUCCAGAAUAUUUUGUACCUCUUAUUACAACAGGCCUGACAAAGGUUUCUAUUUCAGCAGGUGAGUCUUCAUAUAAAUUAGAGCAACACAAGAGGAAAAUUAAAGAAGAAAGCAACUCUACAUUGGGCACGUCAGCUGACGUCACCAUAAAGACAGCUAAUGAUGAUUGUGGUGAUGAAGAAAGUGUCUCUGAAAUUUCCAUGGGUCAGGUGUGCAACAAAAGAAGAAGGAUGAUUAUAGACUUUGAUUGGCAACGAAAAUACACUUGUGAUGCAGUUGGAGGGAAGCCACUUGAAGGUGCCAUGUUUCUGACAGUCAAUGAAAUAUUUAAAGAGAUCACGACUUACGAAAGUGUGCUUCCCAGCAUCCCCAAAGGUCGGAAAGAAGAUGUUUUCUUUAUAAUUGAUAACUCAAAAAACAUUCGCUUUCCUGGAAGGCGAAAAACAUUUCCAGAUGACUGUGGUAUGUAUAGUCCCAAUGACACAGCCACCUGUAAGUCCUGGUUUCGGAUAAGGGAAGAUGGAACCUUAGAAUCUGUUAAUAAAGUGCGAGACAAGUUCUGCAGAGAGAAAAGAUCAGUGUGUGGGAGGAAAUCAGUUUCGCAGAAGCUAGGUGGGCGGAGUUGGCUUCCCCUAGAACCACAGCCUAAAGAAGAAGAGUUGGUUUUAUUGCAUCGAUACUAUUCUGUCCUGUUGUGUGAUCCAUCCUACCGCCGAAGAAUUUCCUGGUUUAUCUCUCUACCUCUGUCUGUUACUAAAGGAAGAGAAGUGUUCUUGGUGGAAUACUUGCGCAGACCUCAGAUAUUACAGAACCAGCAAAGAGUGCGUAGCGUAAGGAAAAAAGUGACGAAACAGAACAGUGAUUUCAUUGAUUUUGAUGAGGCCAUUCCGUAAAACCUAAAAUUUGUGAUCGAUUAACUUACUUGCAUUAUUCAUUAUAUGAAACAAAAUUUGUUCUGGGAGAAAAUAAAAUUUGCACAUGAAAAUAAACAUAAAUUUAAUCAUGUGAUUUGUCAUACUCAGAGGUUUGGGGAGAUAUACAGAGCAAGUGUACGUAACACAAAUUUUGUAAAGUAGUUGUAUAUUAUGAGCUGCCAAAUGAUAUCUUUAUUCAUGACAUGAGUUUGUCUGCUUUUAUUCUCUUUGUCUCAGGUCAUUUGCAUUGUAAAAUAUUAUGUUGCAUGUGUCCUUAAAUGUUCAUGUCACCUUUGACUGGUUUAACACUUUCAUUCAGGCAUCAUAUGGUUACUGGUCAAUUUGACCACUACAUUAAUUAGCCAAUGCCAGAGUCUUUAUAUUCCGUUACAGCCAUGAGUUAAUUUAACUAUGUAAUCAUGCAGCCUAUAAAAUAAAUUUGA